GCCGCCCCUCGGUGGUGGCCCGGCCCCCGCCGCCGCGUCUCUCCCCGUCUCCAGUCUCGGUCUCGCCCGUCUCUCCGGCACCCCUGUCUCUGUCUGUCUCCCUGCGUCCUUGGCCUCCCCUCGGAGAUGAGGCUGGGGUCGGCGCCCCGGGCCAGCCCGCUCCGCUCGCCCCAGUGCUAGGAGGGGGCCGGGGCUGCACCCGACAGAUCGACCAGCGGACCGACUGACCCGGCACCCAGGAGAGGAGCAGCCGCGGCCUCCACUUGUAGCCCGUCACCAUGGACCCCCCAUCCCUGGACACAGCCAUCCAGCACGCCCUGGCGGGCCUCUAUCCCCCUUUUGAGGCCACGGCGCCCACCAUCCUCGGUCAAGUGUUCCGUCUCCUGGAUUCUGACUUCCGGGGAGAUGGGCUGAGCUUCCUCCUGGACUUCCUGAUCCCUGCCAAGCGCCUGUGUGAGCAAGUGCGCGAAGCAGCCUGUGCCCCCUACGCACACUGCCUCUUCCUGCACGAGGGCUGGCCGCUGUGCCUGCGGGGCAAGGUCGUGCUCCACCUGGCACCCCUCAGUCCCCUCUCAUUGCGUGAGGGCGACUUCUACCUCCAGGUUGAGCCCCGGGAGGAGCAGGCCGUCUGCAUCACGGUCAAGCGCCUCUCCUCGGACCUCCGCACGGUGGACACGAAGCCUGUUCCCGUGUCAUCCUACCCUCUCAUCUUCACCCCAGCGUGGCUGGAGGCCAUCAACAGUGACUUUGAGGGAAGUCCCCUACGCAACUGCCUGGUAGCUUCAGAAGAUGGGAUUGUCCCUGUGCCCUGGACCAAGAUAACCUGCCCAGAGUUUGUGGAUGACAGACCCCAGGAAGUGGAUGUCCUUUCCCCGGCCUGGGGGUCCCUUCAAAUAGAGGCCCUCGAUUUGAGCAGCCCUCGAGAGCUGCACCAGACCACGUCUCCAGGCAGCCAGGUGCUGCUUGCCCGGAGCUCGGCCAAGGGUAAAGACAGGAUGUACGGGAACAAGUACCCGGGGCUCAUCAAGGUGGAACAAGCCGGGCCCGGGGAGGCGGCCUUCAGGAUGGAUGAUGUGGCCAGCCAGGACUUGGAGGGGGACUAUGUGGCCCUCCUGGACUUUCCCCUGCAGAGCAGAGGAGGGUCUCCCAGUCGGGAGGUGGGGAAAUGCCAUGGGUGUCCCUUUGGGGCGCUGGAGGAGGCAUCUGGAAGUAAGGGAAUGCCCGUCUCUCAAAGAAUGCUGCCUCUCUCAGGGGCCAGUGGGGGGCCUUCCUUGGAAAAAUGGGCUUGUGCGGAGCUGUCAAGCUCAGAGCAGGAGCCCUGCAUUUUGGACUCCAGGAAAAAGGUCAACCAUCAAGCUACCACCAACAACUCAGCACGCCAGCCCCAAGAGCCCGACUGCAACGUUCUUGGGAACCCACUGCACUGUGCCUCUGGCCUCGAGGCAGGUGUCGCAGAAAAGCCAGCUGUCUCCAAGAUGCAGGGACCUCUGGGAAACCUGGAGAAUAUGGUCCAGCUCAGGCCUGGACCAAAACAAGCAUCUUCUCCUCGGCUCCGCCCAGCUGCUCCUGCUGCUCCAGCCCCUGAAACCAAGAUGGGAGAGGGGGCCACACAGGUCAGUGGGAGGCUCCCCAAGGCCGUGACGGGCCCCAGUAGAAACACCUCCUCUUCCAGAUCCCCCACUCCUGGGCUCAAAUUCUCGUUCUUGAAGGGGCAGAGGCAAGCCCCGGAGAAAGCCUCGCUCCAGCACAACCGGCCUUGGAAAGUCUUGUGUUCGCUCCACUCGCCCACGCCCCCCCGAGCCAGGUGCUCGGGGAAAGCUGGAACAUCUCAUACCAAAACAUCUGGCCUGGCCACUGACUCAGGCCCACUGACUGGGGAAAAAACUGGCUUCCCAGAAGCUUCGACAGGCCCUCCAGAAAGAGGCCGCCCUCCGGAUGCGGAGCCGCCAGGACCUGAACCAGGGAUUGGGGCUCUGAGUGUGGAAGUCCUCCAUUCUGGGAUAGCAUGCCUGCCAGGUGGUCGGGACAAGGCGGGGCGGCCCUUGCUUCUGAUGUCGACCACCCAGGGGGCCUGGGAGGCGCCAUGGUGCACGGCCUCAGAGGUCACCAAACUGCUCUCCUACUUGUGCACUGUCCCCAGGCCUGAAGAGAAGGCCAAGGGGCUGGCAGUUGUGAUUGACGCCAGGAGCCAGCCCCCGCAUCCCGGUCUGGUCAGUGCCCUGCAGGCCACCCAGGCUCUGCCCCCGGCCUCCAUCCGGGCCCUGCUCUUCCUGGGGGAGAAGGAGGCCGCUCUCCAGCUGCGGGCGUUACCCGACAUCCAGGUAGAGGUGCUGACCUCACUGAAGGCCCUCAGCCACCAUGUGGCCCCCAGCCAGCUGCCCGCAGCCCUGGACGGCCCCUUCCCCUACUGCCACAGCCAGUGGGUGCAGCUCUUCCAGAGGUUGGACCCUUUCCUUGCUGGGCUCCGCCGGGCCUCCUCCCUCCUGCAGGCCUCCAUCAAGGAGUUUGAGAGGCGCGACCCCCCUGGAGGGGUACAGGAGGCCUCCAGGUGUCUGAGCAGGUCCAAGGAGCUGAUGGAGGCCGUGCUGAGGGACCCGGGCCUGCUGGGCCUCCAGCGGGAGGGCGGGGCCACCCUGGCCAGGCUGCAGCAGGAGGCCAGCAAGCUGGACUUCCACCCCGACGUCAGGAGUCAUCUGGCUGAAGCCACUGCUCUGUACAGCCUCAUGGACGAGCAGCUGCAUGUCCUGGUCACCGCGUCCAACCACCUCCUGGGGAGGCUGGAGCUCCGCGUCCGCCUGGGCCGCCUGGAAGCUGCCAUCCUCCAGGUCAGCAACUGGAUGGAGCAGGAAGGAAGCCGGUGCCUGCGAGCGCUGACCCCCCGGGACGGAAGCCUGGAGACGGUGGAGCAGGCCCACGCCGCGUUUGAGGACUUCUUCCUGCAGGCUGCAGCCCAGUACCGGCGUGGCCUGGAGCUGUCUAAGCAGGCGGCCCAGCUGGGAGCUGCAGGAGGGGCCGGAGAGGCGGGAGGAGCCGAGCUCCCAGAGCUGGCCGCCUUCGCCGCCACCCAGCGGGCCUUCCAGGCUAAGCUGACCCACUUCUACAUGGCGGCCGAGCGGCAGCGCACAGACCUGGAGACGCAGCUGCACCUACACCACUUCUGCAAGAGGAUGACCUGGUUCCACAGGGACUGUCAGGACCUGAUGACGCAGCUCAGGCUGGGCAAGGCCCAAAGGACCAGCCCUGGGGACCAGCGCCGCCUGCACCGCUACCUGCAGCGACUGGCGUCCGAGUUCCCUGAGGAGAAGCUCACGGCCAUGGGGCUGCAGGUGGCCUCCCUGAGCCGGGAAGGCCUGGGCCAGGACCUGUGGGAGGAGGCCUGGGUGAGACACGAGGAGAUCCAGACCCUCCUGAAGAAGGCCGUGGCCCACUGUCCUUGCCCAGCGGGUCCCACUGCCCACUCGGCACACCCGGAGCCAAGAGGGGCAGCCACCAAGGGCCAGGGUCUGAAUGCAGAGGUCACCUCUAAGGGAAGGCGGGACCUGCCCCUCCAGCACCCACUGGGCCUGGACAGUUCGCCCAAAUCCUGUUGGCCUCCUUGGGCCCCCAGAGUGGGGCGCAACAGAAAUUUCCUGGUGGGCCCCCAGACCAGGGAAGCUGGCCAGGCUGUAGAGGCUGAGGAUGGCGAGGGCCCCCGUGAACCCCUUGAUCCUGCCCCUGAACGGUCUCUUGCCACACUCUUCUCCUGGCAGCGGCUCGCCAGGCAGGGUCAGAGCCCCCGCCCCACUGGGGGCAGCUUCUCCUCAGAGGGGACAGACUCCCAGACGUCUCUGGAGGACUCGCCACAGACAAGUCCCCCAGCAUCCCUCUAGCUGGGAGCCCCCACCAUGUCACCAUGCUCCAGGGGGUGGCUGGGCUGGGGCCCAGCUGCAGAGGGAGCUGGGGAGCCCUGGCCGAUCCCAUGGAGACAUGGCUCCUGAGCCCUCAGUGUGUUUGGCCUGUGCUGGGGGGAAGAGCACCUGGACCCGCUCCCGGCUCCAGAAAACUCCAGGAAGACCCGACUUACGCACAUUGACGACGGUGAGAGAGAGGUCAAGGCAGGAUGCAGUGGAGCAGGUGGUUGGCUUCACGGGCCCUGGGUCUCAUUGUGGAAAGAGCUGCUAGUACGGACCCUUCCAGGGGUGUCAGUCAUAGGCAGGCCCGAUGCCCGCCUGGAGUUCAGGGGCACACAGCUUCCCCUUGGAGAGCAAGGGGCAGAGUUGCCCUCAUACAGAACCAUGGGUGGGGAGAUGCCGGAGGGGCGCCUUGUCUCAGGGUCCCAUGGAAACAAACCUCAAGACAAGGAUUCGAGGGCACAUCUAUUUGGCUGUGAUCCCAGGAACCCCUGGUGGAGGCGUAGGGAGACGAGUCUGGGGAGGGAAUAAAGGGUGUUGUUGUCAAGUAAA